AUGUCUCUCAACGAGAAGGACGAGGCCUCCAUCGCCCAGAUCGAGCGCCGCCCGUCGACAGCCGCGUCCGACGGCGAGAAGUCCGAAGAUGGCGACCUGCUUAGCCUCGACGUGCGCGCAGCCGCAGAGCGCAAGUUGGUGCGGAUGCUGGACUGGAGACUGCUGCCCACGAUCGUGCUUAUUUUCAUCAUGAACUACAUCGACCGCACGGCGAUUACUGCCGCACGGCUGAAGGGACUCACGCAAGACCUCGGGUUGAGUGACAUACAGUACUCCACGGUCCUCGCCGUCCUCUACGCGUCCUACGUCCCAGCACAGAUACCCUCGAACAUGAUUCUGAACCGCAUCUCAAGGCCGUCCUAUUACAUCCCUCUUUGCGUGAUGCUCUGGGGCAUGACGAGCGCAUUGACUGGGGUAUCGAAAAGCUAUGCCGGUCUCUUGACCGCCCGAAUCUUCGUGGGCCUGCCAGAGGCCGCAUUCUACCCUGGGUCCAUGUAUCUCCUAUCGAGGUGGUAUACGCGCAAAGAGCUUGCCUUCCGCUCUGCGAUCCUUUACGGCGGUCUGCUCAUUUCUAACGCCUUCGGGAGUCUCAUGGCCGCCGGUAUCCUUUCACGCAUGGAGGGGAAGUUGGGCAUCCGCGCCUGGAGGUGCUCACUCCUCAUGCUGCAGGGCGCUAUAACGGUCACGAUAGGAAUCCUCGCUAUCUUCGCCCUGCCGGACUAUCCCCACAACACCCGCUGGCUCACGCCCGCACAAAGACGGUUGGCCCAAGUGCGCCUUGCCGAGGAUGCCGGUGAAGCAGACGCAGACGUCUCGACAGACUCCGCGCUUGGGGGGCUGAUAAUGGCCCUCAAGGACCCCAAGGUUCCCAUCUUUGCCGUCAUGACGUGCUCGCAGCUCUUGGGGCUGGGCUUCGUCAACUUCUUCCCAACAAUUGCAGGGACCCUAGGCUUCUCGACGACUAUCACGCUUCUCCUGGCCGCGCCGCCAUGGAUCGUGGCCACGGCCGUGUGCUGCAUCAACGCAUGGCAUGCUGAUCGCACUGGCGAGCGAUUCUUCCACCACUGCGCACCCUGGUGGGGUGUCAUUCUCGGAUAUAUCAUCGGCGUUUCGACCUUCUCCAUCGGUGGUCGCUACGUCGCGAUGUUCUUGAUGGCGAGUGGUUAUGCCGGCUUCGCACUCACCGCGGUGUGGGUCUCAAACGCUGUGCCACGGCCGCCGGCGAAGCGGGCUGCGGCCAUCGGUGUCGUUAACGGCUUUGGAAAUCUCGGAAAUCUCAUCAGCUCGUUCGUCUGGAAAUCGGAAUGGGGUCCUGACUACCACCAGUCCAUGUUCAUCGGCAUCGCAGCGCUGGCCUUCGCUACCGCGCUGUCGAUAGUGAUUCGUUGCAUCCUCGUCCGCCAAAACAAACAGCUGGAGCAGGAGGAGCUGGCUAACCUCAAGGGUGCUAAACGCGAGCGUAUCGAGGACGCGGCCAGACUUGAAGGUAUCACCUUUGAGGAGGCGUUGAGGAGGAAGAAGGGCUUCCGAUACCUCUACUGA